CUGUUGUGACAACCUGGCAGUGACUUGUGGACUUUGUGCUCUUGAAUACAACUGUCAUCUGACUUCACUAUAUAUACACGGAAGCGGCGGUCUGACGCGCUCACAAUCACUCUAAAGCCUGAGAGAUACACAAGCAGCAAGUCGCAGUCAUGAAGGUGCUCAUUGUUCUAGCUAUUGCAGCGCUCUCCGGGUGCAACGCAAACCUCUUCCACGCCGAUGCACCCAGACCACAGCUGGAUGCUUUCUGGGUCUACAUUGCCAAAGUCACCCAGACGGCUGACGACACGCUGCAGAUGAUCAGGCAGUCCCCGAUCGGACAAGAAAUCAACGAUCGGCUCGCAGAAAGUGCUGACAUAGCCAGCAAGUAUGCAGUCAUCCUGCAGGAGCAGCUUCCCCCUGCAGCCCAGGACCUGAUGACCAAGAUGUCUGCAGAGGCCGACGUGCUGAAAAACCUGCUGACCAAGGAGCUGAGCUUCGCCAAGGAGAAGCUGGAGCCCUACACCGAGGACAUGAAGGCCCAGAUCCAGCAGAGGGUGGAGCAGCUGAAGCAGGAGCUGGCCCCCUACGCCGACAAGCUGGACUCCGAGGCCCUCAGGACCAUCCUGAUGCAGCGCAGCGAGGAGCUGAAGGCCAGCCUGGAGAAGAGCGUGAAGGACCUGCAGGACCAGCUGGGGCCCUACACCGACGAGCUGAAGCAGAAGGUGGACAGGCACCUGCAGGACUUCCAGAGAAGCGUGGCCCCCAUGACGGAGAAGGUCCAGGAGGAGCUCAGUCAGAGAGCCAACCUGGUGAAACAGAUGGUGGCGCCUUACGCCGAGGACCUGAAGGAGAAGCUGGACCCCUACGCUCAGGACCUGCAGGCCCAGCUCAUGGCCCUCUACCAGUCCUUCGUUGAAGCCAACUGAGCCUCCCUGCCAUCGAUCCCGCCCUCGCCAGUCUACCUCUGUUAAUGUUAAUGUAAUUAAAACGUGUGACUUGUACUGUAAACCAAAUGAAAUGCUGCAUAUACCCACAACAUAAUAUUUAUUACCAGGUGCGACAAUUGCAAAAGAAAAAAAAAGAUAUUCUGCACUUGUCAAACAGUGUAUAUAUUUUUCAUUUAUAUUGUUGUGAAGUUUCAAGCUGUGAAUUUUUUUAUGACUCAUGAAAUAAACAGAUGAUGAUGGAGU